UUUUAUAUACGUUUUCCAGCACUCAAUGUUAAAAUCGUACGAAGUUUAGUUAUAUUAACUUUAAAGUAAUUGUGAAGAACUUUCUGUUGAAUGUUUCGUGGAGCAUUAGGACUGAGAAGAAACAUGGCAACGUUUUCUGGUCUGAGACUAAAUGAAGUGGUCAAUGUGCUGGAAAAGUUUGCACCGACAUCUCUGGCCGAAAAAUGGGACAACGUGGGCCUGCUGAUCGAGCCAAGCACAGAUAAACAUGUGGAACGCAUACUGCUAACCAAUGAUCUCACUGAGCCCGUGUUGGGUGAAGCUCUUGAGAAGAAUGUGGAUCUCAUUAUUAGCUAUCAUCCUCCAAUCUUUCGGCCAUUGACACGGAUCACCAUGGCCAACUGGAAGGAGCGUAUAGUAGUCGGAUGCUUAAUCAACUCCAAGGCAUUAUACUCUCCGCAUACCGCAUGGGAUAAAGUGCUGGGUGGUGUAAAUGAUUGGCUGGCGAAGGCAGUCGAUAUAAAGGGCAUUAAGCCCUUGAUUCCAGAGCCAGGCACAGUUGAUGGCACCGGCUCAGGACGUCUUGUCGAGACGAAUAUGCCCAUUUCCCAGCUGGUGCAUGCCCUCCAAGACCACAUAGACAACAGUGUGCAUAUAGCUUAUGCUGUUGACCAUCAUCCAAAGACUUUUGUGCGUACUGUUGGCAUUUGCGCGGGAUCCGGUGGGUCAGUCUUAAAAGGUAUUCAAGCGGAUUUGGUUAUAACUGGAGAGAUGUCACACCACGAAUUGUUGGAUUUCAAUCAUAAUGGAACGACAGUGCUACUUUGCAAUCACAGCAAUUCGGAGCGUGGAUUCCUUCGAGAAUUUCAGAGCAUACUGAAGGAGAGACUUCAAGAAAAGUGCGAAGUCCUUGUUUCUGAGAAGGAUAAGGACCCCUUACAAACAGCGUUUAGAAGCAAUUUACAGGCUGUGCAACAAGUGAAGCAGUAGUUAAUAAACUUCAUUUG